GGGGCCGGGCGGCCGGCCCGGCAGCUGGGAUGGCGGCGGGGGGCGCGGGGCCCUGCGAUGGGCACGGGGUGCGCUGGGCGCUGCCGCUCCGCCCGCCGCUCUGCCUCGCCUGCGCCGUGGAGACCCUGGGCGACGGCAGCGCCUCGCUGGUGCGCAAGAAGCAUGUCCUGUCCCGUCUCCAGGAUGCCCUGGCCUGGCAGGCGCUGCCAGUCGUCCAGCUGCUGGCACCAGACGAGAGGGUCUGCAUGCAUUUGAUAGGAACUCUCUUUGGGAUGUUGCAUACUGUGGAAGACAGUGGUGCCCUGGACCUGUUGGUAGAAGUUCUGGUGCGGCUUGUGGUGGAGCUGAAGUCAGAACAGUACUUAUGCUGCAUUUUGAAUGAAAGCCAAAAGGAGCUGUGCAAAGCAACUACCAUGAGAAGCAGCCUGCCCACAUUUGCUCUCUUGGGCAAGUUGGCAGAUGCCAUCCCAGGCUUUGCUGAUCUGCUGGUGGUAGAGCACAGUAAUUUAGUGGAUCAUCUGCUGAUGGGCUUGAUGUACCCAAAUGAGGGUAUAAAGGCUGCUGUCUGCUACUUGUAUGGCAAGCUGUACUCUUCUCCUGUUGGCACAGAACGGCUCUCAGCACACUUCGAAGAAAGGCUGUGUAGUCUCUUCCUGAAUACCCUGGGGUGUGCGCAGACAAAGGAGCUGCAGGUUAAUUGUUUGGGUUUGCUAAAGGAGCUGCUGAAAUCUGACCAUUUUGUAUCUAUUCUUAUGAAUAAUUCAAAGACAGAGGAGGAGACUGAGAAAUCAGAAUUUUUAGAAGGGGAAAAUCCACUGCCACUUGUUCUCAAAAAGCUUUUGUUGACCAGAGAUGAGAUGUUGCAGGCAGCAAGUUCUCACUGUAUGGCUGCAGUGCUGGUUCACUCUCCCAGCAGAUAUGCUCCUGCUUUUAUCCAUGCGGAUGUUCCAGAGUUCCUGUUUGAAUGUCUCUUGUGCAAAAGUGAAGUCCUCAUCUGGUCAGUGUAUUGCUGCCUGCUCCUCCUGACUGAAGAGCGCCUUUUCUUCUCAAAGUGUCACACCGUCUAUGGCAUUGAAUCUCUGGUGCGGAGUCUCCAGGAUGUCCUGCAGAUGAACAAUGUGGAGUUGCACAAACAAGGGCUCCUGCUCUUCACUGAAAUACUAAAACGGCAACCCAUGGAAAUCAAAUUAUUCACAAACCGAGGUGUAUGUAUAGAAGCCAUUGAUGUUUUGAUGGAGACAGUGAACUGCCCAGUGCUGGAGGUGGCAGUGGAGGCUGUGAGAGCUGUGGCAGCUUUCCUGAGGAAGGACCAUCUGAGCUCCCCUCCAAUCCCAUAUGAAGAGCUGCAGAAGUUGCUGGAGGCAGCACUGAAGCGAUGUGCUGACCUUUCCCCACCACAGAGCAGCAAGAGGCAUGCAAGUGAUCUUCUAUUCUCGGUGUCUCAGAGUCAACCAGCGAACAGAAAUCUCGGCAGAGUCCCUCAGAGACAGUGUCAGUUCUUGCUCAACACCCUGGAAAGUUUCAGAAAUGCUUGCAGGUUAGCAGUGGAAUUCCAGGGUGACUUCAUGGCCCAGGAGAACGCUUUCACUGCCCCCAACUCUGAGAGCAAGGACACGCUGAGCAAGUUCUCUGAGUUCCUGUUGAGGAUUUGUGACAGUCUCUGCAUCCCCAUGGUCAUGAGCUACCUGCAAAGGGCUGUCAGUCUGUCGGUGGUGGAGGUUUUCAUCUCAACACUUAAUAUCCUCUUUACAGUGGUGCCAAACAUGCGGAAUAAGUUCUCCAAAAAACUGGCAUCCUCCUCCUUCAUCCAACUGACACUGGAGCUGAAGGCCAGAUUUUGCUCUGUACAAAGUAAUCCUGUCCUGAAUCAGACCUGUUCCAGCUUCCUCUGCAACUUGUGCCUGAACCUUUACUCUGCCACAGAGAAAAGGAGAACAUCUCAGGAGGAGCAAGAGAUGUCUACGCUCCUGCAGAAGGGUCUGCCUCAGUUAAACUACACCAUUGCUGAAAGCCUUCUCCUCCUGUCUGAAACCCCCGAGCCUUUCUCUUUGGAUCAGUCUCUUUGCAGCCACCAACACUGCUUCUUACUACUCUUAUACUUUGCCUACACCCUUGGGGACAGGUUUGUUCCAGAUGCAGAAUUAUUUCUAGCCAUAAGAAAUUUCCUCCUCUCAGCACAGGACCGUGGAGACUGUCCUCCUCCACACAUACUCAGAGCUGCACUUUACCUUCUUGCUGUCUGUCAGGAUAAAGGCAAAGCCCUGGACUUGAGGUCGUUGUGUACCAUAAGAAGGAUCCUGGAUAAUCUUCCGGAUCUGAGCUUGGUCUAUGUCCAUUGUCCUCUCCUGCUGAAAUUCUUCCUGCACUACCCUGAACUUAUGGGGAGAUUUGGACACCAAGUCCUCCAACUCUGGUUUUCCUGGGGAGACUGCAAGCAAACUGAGGCUGAAGAACCUGAUUUUGACACAUCUGAUCAGCUGAACAGUGCUAGCCCAUUACUUCCCAUUCUGAAGAGCAAUUCCAGCAUUUUGCUUAUUUUACUGGACCUGGUCUGCUCAAGCUCUGUGAAAGUGGCUUGGAAGAUGUUAAUGACUCUAAGAACCUUCCUGGAAAGAAAUGAGGAUGUCCUUGUCUGUGACCUCCUCCGGAGCCGAUUCCUACAGAUUCUGCAGCAGCUGUUGGUAGAGAGCAGCUCAGCCACCCUACAAGCUAACAGUAACCUGCCUGUUUUGCUGAGCCUCCUUUUCCUGGUGCAACUGCGGAGCAAGGGCAUGAGGGAGCUGGACAGCACAGACUUCAAGCUACUUCACCAGGUCAGUAAUCUCUGUGGGAAAUGCAGGCCAAGGGACACUGGCCUCCUGCAGCCAUCCUUGAAUUUUCUGUACUGGAACCUUCAUCAGACAACACCUUGUAGUCAACAGAGAGCAGUGGCUGUGCUGCUCUCCAAUGUGUCCUUGCUAGAACUCCUGCAGAAGGUUUUGGAAUGCACCUGGUUGCGGUCCCCGCCCUCUGGACCUGCUUACCUGUCAUCUGAAGAUGCCUUGCUGUGCUCUGGAUGGCUGUUGGUUGCAUCCCUUUUGCUUUAUCAGCAUCGCUACAAUACUGAGGUUCACCAAACACUCUCUCUAGACCUAACAGAAGUCCUCAAUGCAGUCAUCUUCAGGAAUAAGAAGCCAGUCCUGCUCUUAGUGAGCAUCAUGCAGUUCCUGAGAGCUGCUCUGCGCCAGAACUUCUCCUCCUCUCUGCUGGUGAUCGCUGGCAAAAACACGGACCAAGGUGCUACUCAACCACAGCCAUCAUCAUUGCAGGAUGCUGCCUUGCACCCCCUUGCCACACAGCAGGUCUUCUCACUUGUUGUCAGUCUGCAGAACCUUUUGGUGCAAGUCCAGUUGCAGAAAGACUUGCUUCUCUCUCAGGCUGUGGUUGCCUGCCUGGAAACCUUAGUGGAAUACCUGUAUGUGAAGAACCAAGAUGUUGCUCUACAUGUUGCUUCACAGCCAUGGCACCGAUUCCUGCUCUUCACACUACUCAGUGGGGGCCAGAAGUCCUUUCUGCAGCCAGAGGUUCUGAGGCUGAUGACUUUGUUUGUGAGAUAUCAGAGCAGCAAUAUUAUUUCUCGAAAAGAAAUUAGCCAGAUUCUUCAGGAGGCAGCAGAAGCCAACUUAGCAGAACUGCCUGAGGCCACAUCUUGUGCUCUUUACCUCUUCCUUUGUCAGAUUCAGAGCAGUCAUUACCAGGUGGAGCCAGUGCAGUCAGGGACCAUUCAGACCUUGCUGGAUCGUCUCCUGGGACAGAGGACCACAUGUGUAAAACAUCAGGACAUUGUAUGUCUGGGAAGCGUGGCAGUGUCCCUCUCACACAUUGGCAACUGAAAUGAGAAGAUGCGGUGUGCAGAGCAGAGGAAAAAGGCAAGAAUGGAGCAGAAGACCCCAUCCUGCCAUUUAUUCCCAGUGAAUAGUAGAGAGAGAAGAUGGACAAAGGAAGUAAUUUGUUGCUCAUUUUGAGAAAAAGGUUUGCUGAAACUCAUUUAUAAAGUUCUGUUGCUGAAA